UGAGAAGAGAAGGCUCCCAAGCUGAUAUCUCAACCAAUGUGAUGGAGUGACACUUCAUCCACCUCUCAUUCCACAAAUAAUUAUCUUAAAUAAAAUUCAGAAAAAAAUCCAAUAUUUCUUCUUCUUCUUCUUCUUCUUCUCUCUCUCUCUCUGUCCUCUUUUAACUUGUAAUUAAUGUGCAAGCAGCUUUUCCUUGGAAUGGGAGAGCACAAGGAAUCAGUUCCAGAAAACCUUUGAGUUGUGUCAGCCUUCUGUUACUGCUCUGCCCAUCAAUCACUGCUCCCCAUAUACAGAGACAGACAGACAGAGAGAGAGAGAGAGAGAGAGAGGGGCCAAUUAACUCUCUUCAAGGCAGGUUGGGUUGUGUGUCCGAGGCACUGCUUGACCCCUGUUGUUCUCGUUUCCUCAUUCGGGCAUGUGAUCGAUUGCAGAUUAGCUUCUUCGCAGUACGAGAGCGCAGUGAUCCACCCCAAAAGAUCCUUCCUUUGGUCGUAUCACGCCACGGGGAAUAAGAUCGAUUUAUGCUAUCUUCCCCCUUUGAGCCACUGUGUCCCACGGGAUUCGUGUUGUGAAUCUUUAGGUUCUUUUCCACCCAUCAAGCUCCGGGACAGCAGGUUGAUCGGUUCCUCCACGAGAAGAUUGCGGAAAGGAAUCGCCUUCUUUGGUCCGUCUCCGGCUCCUCGGCUCCCGUCGUGCGAGCUUUCCUCCCGAGUUCGUACAAAGAGUAAUGUGCUUUUGGAUUGCGGCAAAUGGCUUCACUGGUCCCAGGUGUGCUCAUCAAGCUCCUCCAGCACAUGAAUACUGAUGUUAAGGUUGCAGGAGAGCAUCGGUCAUCCCUCCUCCAGGUUGCGAGUAUUGUUCCUGCCCUUGCUGGAAGUGAUCUCUUCACCAACAAAGGCUUUUAUCUUAAGGUCUCUGAUUCUUCCCAUGCAACAUAUGUUUACCUGUCCGAUGAGCACAAUGACCUUAUCUUGAGUGAUAAGAUACAGCUAGGCCAAUUCAUUCAUGUCGAUCGCCUCGAGGCAGGCUCUCCUGUGCCGAUUCUUAAGGGUGUGAGGCCACUUCCUGGUCGUCAUCAAUGUGUUGGGAAUCCCGAGGAUCUCGUCGCCACCAGUUCUCUUAAUUUCCUUAAUGCUGAGAAACCGAAGCCAUCCAAUGACUCAAAGUAUAACAGUAGCACAUCUUCUGAAAGCGAAAAGAGCAAAUUGGGGAUUUCCAAGUCAAACAUUAAAGCCCCAGAGGUGGAAAAGAAAAAGUCUUCACUUACCAAGUCAAGCUCUGUACUCUCAAACCAACUGGUCAAAGGCAAAUCGGAGAAGAAAUUUGCAGUCACUGCAAGGUCAAAAUCAAUGAUCUCAAGAACAAUACCUUCAUCUCCAACAAGUGUCUAUUCUUUGCCUGGAUCAUUUGAGAAGUUCUCCAAUGAAGUCAAGAAGCAUGCACGAGCCAAAGGUCUAGAGAAGCCAGCAACUUCAAGAAUGGGUCUGGAGAAGGCAGCUUCUGUCUUGAAAGUGACCACUGCUGGUAGGAAGUCUUCUACGGGGAACUUCUUGGGAAAUUUGGUGCCGAGCAUUGAGUUAGGACCCAAAGCUUUGAGAAAGAGCUGGGAGGGGCAUAUGGAAUCCAAGGGCAGAGAUAGUUCUACCUUAAAAGCAGCCAAACUUGAGAGAAGAUCUGAAUCUAGGAGCACUUCUGCUCCUCGACAAAAGUCAUCAACAAAUGAGAAACUGUUACCUAAGGAUGACAGCAAGAUUCAAACUCCUGUGAAGAAAGGCAUUGUUAGUGCUGCUGCAGAAGAUUCUGAUAAAACUGUUAAACAUCGGCCUCCUGUCUUAAGGAAAUCUUCAGAGACCACUAAUGGUCUAAAUCUUGUUAACUUAGUCAAAGUUGUUCCUUCUAACAGAAAAUGGACAGAUGGUAGUGUUUCUUGGCAAACUCUUCCAUCAUCUUUGGCAAAACUAGGAAAGGAGCUUUUGAAGUAUAGGGAUGCCGCACAACUGGCUGCUAUUGAGGCUAUUCAAGAAGCCGGUGCUGCAGAGAGCUUGAUUCGGUGCCUGAGUAUGUAUGCGGAGCUGAGUGCCACUGCUAAGGAAGACAACCCGCAGCCGGCCGUCGAGCAGUUCCUUGCCUUCCACUCCUCCCUCUCCCGUGCUGCCAUGGUCACCGACUCCCUCUCCAAGACUAUGUCCCAAACUCCGGCAGUAGCCUCACCGGACGCACCCCCAGGCGUUGACGCCAUCCCGGAAGAUGCCCUCAAAGUCUCCACCGGCAACCGCCGCCGUGCCGCCUCCUGGGUCAGCGCCGCCCUCGCCACCGACCUCUCCCACUUCUCCCUCUACAACCAUAAGUCCUCCACCGCCUCCUCGGCCUCUCCGGCGGUGGUGGUGCUCGAGGGUCCAUCUAAGACCGCAGCUGCAGCAGCGUCUCCCGCGAAGGCCUCCCCUCAGUCUAAACCCAGGCCGUCCCCGGCGUUGGCGUCGGCGACCAAGGGGAAGGCGCGGGGGACUGCGCCACCGUCGCCGCCGCCGCUGGAGUGGGAUCGCGGGGCAGGGCUGGAGGAGGGGGCGGAGCUGGCACGGGCGCUGAGGGAGGAUGCGCGGGCAUGGUUCCUGGAGUUCGUGGAGCGGUUCCUAGAUGCCGACGCGGCCGCGCCGGUGCCGUCUGACCGGGAGCAGGUGGCCGCAAUGCUGUCGCAGCUAAAGAAGGUGAACGAUUGGCUAGAGGCGAUCGGCAGCCAGCGGAGGGAAGGGGAGACCGAGCCGGAGGCGGAAGCGGGGGAAACAGAGGGUGGCGAGGGUCCCAGCAGCGGCGUGCCGGUGGAGACCAUCCAGCGGCUGCGGAAGAAGAUCUACGAGUACCUCCUCACCCACGUCGAGUCUGCCGCCGUCGCCCUCGGCGGCGGCGUCCACGCCGCGGCGCCGCAUCCGCCGGCGGCGCCCGGAGGCCGGCCGGGUCGGAAGUGAUGACAGAUCUUGGACUGCACGAAUCACGAAGCCGGCGAGGACCAGAACCUAUUGUUUCUGUGGAAUUCAACUCAUUGGAUCACGUGUCGGGAUCCUAUCGUAUGGAAAUGCUGUUCUGUGAUCUAAGUUAUUGGAGUGGAUCAUGCUAAGGGUGUAUAUAGAGUCAUUCUUUGGUCUUUGAGUGAUAGCCAUGCCAUCACUAUUUAAUUUAAUUUCUCAUUGGAAGCAGAAUUAAAUGGUUUGUAACUUUUUUUUUUCCUGUUUUUGAUGAACUAAUUAUACUUAUUAAUUGUACUUAUUGGUGAUGAGAA